UUUAAUGGAUAUAAAGCACCAUGCAUGCUCUCCAUGCAAUGAAAUGUAUUUUUUGGGAUAAAAUCUGUUUCCAUAAAAUACCAUUUCCCUUCUGCCCCACACUUAAUUGUGACAUCAUGGUCAUAAAGUCAUGUGAUUUCUGACCACAUGUUUUCAGUGCAUAUGUGAAUCGGAUUGUAUUGAAAUGUUGGAAGUCAGAAUAUUGCUUUAGACUGUUGAACCCGUUAGAAGCCACGUGCACAGAUGUCUUUAUUAUGAUUGCACCGAGAAAGAGAGAAAGAGAAAGAGAGAGAGAGAGAGAGAGAGAGCUUGGUGGUGUACAUUGUAAAACACCCUGCACUGGCUGUGAGCACCGUGGGUGCAUUUCAUGAAGCCAGUCAGUUGGCGUGUCUAUUUAUAGGUAUAGACUGAUAUAGAAGCCGCAAGAGUUACAACACACGAUCUGGGCAUGGACAUGGUGGACCGAUUACCAGGCCACGCUGCACAAAUUAUCCAGACAAGCAGACAAAACAAAUUCUGGAUUCUGAGCUAAAAAUCCUGGCCUGAUUUUGAAAAGAGGGGGAAAAAUGCCUACGAGCCAGACUAGGUGCAGGACUAGAGAUCGGAACAACGCGAUGAACAGGGCGGAAUUCAUGUCCCUCCAGCAGCCGCUGCGGGGCAGCGCGAGCGCCGAGGCUCGCGCGCGCAGGCCGUCGCACAAGGCGCCGCAGCACGCGCACUCCAGUGCCGCAGACGGCGCGCAGCCGGAGCCGGGCGAAGGCGUCGGCAAGGACAAGAAGGAGCUCCCGGAGGAGGACUGCAUGCAGCUCAACCCAUCCUUCAAGGGCAUCGCGAUGAACUCGCUGCUGGCCAUCGACAUCUGCAUGUCGAAACGGUUCGGCGUGUGCGCGCACGCGACGUCGUCGUGCGGCAACGCGCGCUCCAUGGUCAAGCUGCUCGCGCUCACCGGCCACGGCAUCCCGUGGAUCGUCGGCACACUGGUGUGCCUCACGAGGAGCAACACACUGGCUGGCCAGGAGGUUUUGGUCAACUUGCUGCUUGCUCUCUUAUUGGAUGUGAUGACUGUGGCAGGAAUGCAGAAGUUAGUGAAACGCAAAGGACCCUGGGAGAUGUCACCCAGUUUCCUUGACUACCUGGCCAUGGACAUCUAUUCCUUCCCAGCAGCCCACGCGAGCCGGGCAGUCAUGGUGUCUAAGUUCUUGUUGGCGCACUUGGUCCUUGCAGUUCCUUUGCGCAUUUUGCUUGUGCUGUGGGCCGUGCUGGUGGGUAUGUCACGUGUGCUGCUGGGUCGCCACCACCUCACCGACGUAGGAUGUGGCUUUGCUUUAGGAUUUCUCCACUACAGUCUGGUGGAGACGGUGUGGUUGUCGUCCAGCACAUGUCAAGCUUUGAUCUCGAUUGGGACACUAAACUGGAGCCCCUUGUAUUAAUCAGUGUGUGAUUACCUGCAGGCUUUUAAUCAGGCUAAAAUCUGCUGGCCCAGUGCCCAUACUGCAGAGUUAUAGUGAUAAAGCCUUUGUGCAUAUUUGGAGAGUCUCUAAAGUAGUUUUGCAACUCGAUUUUAAACAUUUUCUUUCCUGCAGAGCUAUACAGACCUGAUACGUGGGAGGCAGCAGGGAUGCACACACCCUGGAUAAUACGAUAUAAACAUAGCAACGUCCAUGCAAUAAAUUCUACAUGUUUUGCAUGGUUAUAAGACAAAAAAACAUCCAUGUGCGAUGGAUGCGAUGAAUCGCUUUGCUUUUUUUUUUUUCUGUUUGUGUUGUUGCUGUUCUGAGUGAGAGAAUGUUUGCUCAGGGAUUUUUGCAACAGCAAUAUACUGUGUCAUAAAAUUGUUUUAUUUGGAAUUGGAUCCCAUUUUAGCACAAAUAUUUGAGAGAAAAGGAAAAGAGCAUGCUGUCCAGGGGGGUCGGGUGGGGGACUACAGUAUUUUACUGUAUAUACACGUGUGUAUGUGAGCGAAUCUGUGAAUAUACAUGCAAGAAUUAAGGAUUAUUGUGAACAUUUGAGUUGUAUGUUGAUGUUGGUUCUAGUGUGAGAGAAAAAGAGAAAGAGAGAGAGAAAGAUUGCCUUUAUAUUGUUACCUUAUUAACCUAAGUAUGAAAGAAAAAAAUGUUUGAUAGAAAAUCUAAAUCUAAAAAAAAAAAUUACGGUGCAUUGUUUCAGUAUAAAUAAUUAUACAUUCAUUGUCUUUUUGAAUAAAGUUCAGGAUGCAACCAUC